AUGUAUCAUACCAAAGCUAUAACAGUCGCUGGCGUGUUUGUUAAAAGGGGGGAGAAGUACAAAUUGUUUGUUGACAUUGUGCACUUUAGCGAUGCUGAUACUUUGUCAUGGUGUUAUAAGACUGACUCCACCCUCACUGCAGAUAUAACUACUGCCCAAUCCAUAGCCAGUUGUAAUCCAACAAGGUGUUUUGGAACAGAACCAAGACAUACAUUCAGCUCAAGCUACAGCGGUGUUUAUAUAACAAUCACUAAUCUUUAUAGCUCAGACGACCAGAAAUAUUGGACUUGUGUCAUGAAUAACCAGCAAAUAUCCAUGCAGCUAACCGUGUAUUAUUCCAGAUCUGACAUAUACACAAGUACAACAGAGACAGAGGCAAGUUAUACGAUGUCAAUAGUUCUCGGGGCUGUAUGUUUUGUUGUGCUUAUUUAUGCAAUAGGCUUAACCAUUUUGUAUAAAAGGAAAACCAAAAAAGAAGGCUCUGCAUCAAAUUCUGCAAAUGGAACUUACGCGAAUGAAAACUUGGGAAAUAUUUCCGAUGCAACAGUAGCACAACAUUAUGAAAAUGAAGCUACAGUAUUACCUUCACCACAAUAUACUGAAUUGGCACAUUAUACUAACGAAAGGACAACAUAUGAACGCUUACAAAAUUGAAUUAAGAACUGCUUUAGAUUUUAUAGUCUGUUCAAGAAUGUGAAACAGGUUCAUUGUGUUUAUUUCAGAAGUAGUUUGUUGGGUGUUCAGUUUCAUAUGAUUUUGAAUAAGACACAUAAUUUACUGCGGAAUGACACGAUUUAUUUUGCGAGUUGUCAAAAAAAAAUACCAUUACAUAAAAUAUCCACAUACAUCAGCUUACCUUUCGAGACAUAUUUUAAAUUUCUUGCUUUGUUACAAAGUAUUUCCUAUUUCAAUUUUAUUAAACUUGAAGACGAUGUUCUCUUAUCUCUGUCUACAAAUAAUGGACUGUACAAAUAUUAUUAGCGUAGUUUACCGGGACUUGAUAUCAUGGAAACAGGAACGAAUUGAAUCAUGCGUAAACGCGUUGUCUCAAUCUUAUUGUGAACUGUUUUGCAUUUGACAAAAACAUAAGUAUAGAUUGUAUAACAUUGUCAUAAAACAUCUGAAUUGUUCAAUCAAUUGGUUUGUUUAUCUUUAAAAACUAGAAAAAGAAAUUCAAAAAUGUAGAUAUAUAAAUCUUUGAAACCGAUACGACGUCUGAGAUAUUGAUGCCCGUAUUUUGUUUUGCUUUCGAAACUUUAAUAGCCGACUUUUAUAAAGCAAAGCGUGGUCACAUGUGUGCUUUUUUAUUUUGGUUUGUUUUUGUAACGGGUCUGAUGCCUUUUAAGUCUUUUCUUAUACUUUAAUUUUCAAAUCUUAGGGUUAAUUGACGAUCGUUUGCUUAUUCAAAGUUUAACCAUUGUUUAUUCGGGAAAUUAUUAAUUAAUGUCCAAGGCAUUAGGAUGAUCCAUUACAAAUUCUUCAGCAAUUUUUAUAUGUAAAUAAGACACUUGGUGUCGGAGUCCUGCCGGACAUAUCUAUUAACUUUUCCGACAGCAUCAACUAAAACAUGCACAUAUUACCACAGUAUAAAACGAGUACAUGCAAAAGUACGCAAUAAGAAAUCUAUGUCAUAAUGAUUUGCCAUUAAUUUCAAUUUUCAAAACUUUGCAAAUUUAGACAGACAUUCCUCAAGGUAGCAUUUUAUUCGGUUCUUCUCAAGAUAUGCACAGAUGACCAUUGCUUGGCUUAAAGUUUAUGUUGACGGGAUUUUAUGUAUCAUUGUGCGUUAUGCGUGUCGAUACAUGCAUUGUAUAUGCUAUCAUUCUUGUUUAAGCCUGUGUUUCGUUGUUUUUUGUCAAAUGUUCAUUUUGCACUGAUCAAGUGAGGUGUAAAAUUUUGUUUAAAUUUUGCAUUAUUUAAGAAAAUAAAAUCGUUUGUUGUACAAAACAAGGUAA